AUGCCCAUCUCAGACGCCACAGUAAUCUUCGUCCUCGGCGGCCCCGGCGCCGGCAAGGGCACGCAAUGCUCCCGCCUCGUCUCGCGCUACGGCUUCACGCACCUCUCCGCCGGCGACCUCCUACGCGCCGAGCAGGAGCGGCCCGGCUCGCAGUACGGCCAGCUGAUCAAGGACUACAUCAAGGACGGCAAGAUCGUGCCGAUGGAGGUGACCAUCGCGCUGCUGGAGAACGCCAUGAAGGACGCCGCCGGCGCCCCCGGCGCCAAGCGCCGCUUCCUCAUCGACGGCUUCCCGCGCAAGCUGGACCAGGCCCUCAAGUUCGAGGAGUCCGUGUGCGCCGCCGAGUUCGUCCUCUUCUACGACUGCCCCGAGGCCACCAUGGAGUCCCGCCUGCUCGAGCGCGGCAAGACGAGCGGCCGCGCCGACGAUAACGAGGAGUCCAUCCGCAAGCGCUUUAAGACCUUUAUCGAGACCAGCAUGCCUGUUGUCGAGUACUACGAGAAGCAGGGCCGCGUCGCCAAGAUUGAUGCGACCCCCGAGCCGGAAGAGGUCGAGGCUAAGACGAGAGAGGCGCUGACGGCCAGGCUCGGUGAGGGAUUCUAG